AUGUUUGAAAGCUCUUCCAAAGCGACAGAACCCUCCCAGACCUGGGAAGAGCUCGUCCCCAACAAUGGAAACGUUAUCGAGGCCCUCAGCGACGCUUCCGAAGCAUUGUCGCGCGAUCAUGUCGAAUACUUGAUGAAGCGGCACGGCACUCUGGAUCUCGAUCCUCUGCCAGGCCCCGACGACAAAAUUGUCAACCUCAUGCUCGUGGUUGUACAUGCCUGUAUGGCAACCUUUAUAGCCGCAGCAAUCAUUCCAGCUUUUCCAGAGCUCGCUGAGGACUUGGGUGUCUCCCUCCAGCAAGUUUCAUAUCUAACCACACUUCAGAUUGCCUUCCUAGCAGUAGCCCCUGCGAUUCACCGACCAUUCGCCAAUACUUUCGGUCGACGACCUAUGUUUCUUGUCUCCUUGCUUGUCAGUAUGCUUGGAAACAUUGGCUGCGCCAAGAGUUCUUCCUACGCUGCCAUGGCUGCUUGUCGAGCCAUUGUUGCCUUCUUUAUUAGUCCAGCCGCUGCCCUUGGUAGUGGUGUCGUGACUGAAACGUUUCUCAAGAAACACAGAGCUCGAUGUUUAGGUAUCUGGACUCUAAUGACCAUCAUCAGUGUUCCACUUGCACCUCUCAUUAUGGGGUUUAUCGCCGCCGCUGGGGGAUACCAAUGGAUCUACUGGAUGCUAGCAAUUAUCAACGGCUUGCAGCUAGUCGCCUACUUUUUCCUUGGACCAGAAACGCGGUAUGUUCGCGACACCAAUGAACUCAAAAGCUCUUCGUUCAAGAGACAAUAUCUCAACUUCAAACGUAUCGAUCCCCGCCCGCUGUCGCUCAACGAUUUCAUUCAUCCCUUUGGGCUCUGGCGCAAGAUCAGUGUCGUACUUCCUACGGUCGCUCACGCUAUGGUGUUCCUUUUCUGCAACACGCUUAUUGCUGUGGAAAUACCCAACUUGUUCGGCGAGAAGUUCGGGUUCAAUUCCCAGCAGCUCGGCCUCCAGUUCAUUGGUAUGAUUGUGGGACAUGCCUUGGGUGAACCAAUCAGUGGAACACUAAGCGACUAUUGGAUGAACAGGCGUGCGAGGAAGACUGGAUGUAAGGCGCAGCCAGAAUACCGGCUUUGGUUUAGCUACCUAGGGUUUAUGCUCGCAAUUGCGGGUGUAGUGGUAUUCCUUGUCCAGAUACAGCUCGCUCCUCAGGAUCAUUGGAACAUCACCCCAGUGAUAGGUAUUGCGCUUGCGGGUGCUGGAAACCAAAUUGCGACAACGGUACUUGUUACUUACGCGGUUGAUCGCCAUCCUCAGGAAGCAGCCAGUAUUGGAGUUUUUGUCACUUUCAUCCGUCAGGUGUGGGCUUUCAUCGGCCCCUUUUGGUUCCCUCCUAUGUUUACUAGCGUUGGCCUAGUUGCAUCAAGUGGGAUUGCUACUGGUCUCAUUGUAGCUGUCAGUUUAAUACCUACUGCUUUCAUACACUGGAGUAGUCGGUCACGCCAGGCGCAGGAAAAGGGCAGUUCUGUUUAG